AUGUAUCAAAAUCAAGGUAAUGGAGAAAAUAUGGGCCAAACUCUAAAAUUCAUCCCAGGAAUGUCAGCAAUCCAUGCCAAAGACUUACCAGAUGGAGUCUGCCAUGGAAACCUAGAAGCCCCAUUCUCAUGCAUGCUAGACAACAUGGGACGAAUGUUGCCAAGAGCAACAGCUCUAGCAAUGAACUCUUUUGAAGAGAUUGAUCACACCAUCAUAGAUGAUCUCAAAUCAAAGCUCAAAAUGGUUCUUAAUGUAGGCCCCUUCAAUCUAGCGUCGCCCCCACUAUCGUUUUCUGAUGAGAGUGGUUGCAUACCAUGGCUUGACAAGCAUGGAGCUUCAUCACUGGCAUACUUAUGCUUUGGUUCCAUUUUGACACCCUCACCUAAUGAGCUAAUGGCAUUGGCAGAGGCACUAGAAGCUCAAAAAGUGCCUUUUCUUUGGUCUUUUAGGGACAGUUCAAAAGUUCAACUUCUUGAUAAGUUUCUUGAAAGGACAACUACUCUUGGAAAGAUAGUUCCAUGGAGUCCUCAGUUGCAAGUAUUGGAACACGCAUCGGUUGGGGUUUUUAUAACACAUGCUGGUUGGAACUCGAUUUCAGAGAGCAUUGCAGGCGGUGUGCCAAUGAUUUGUAGACCUUUUUUUGCUGAUCAACCGUUGAAUGGCCGGCUUGUUGAGGAUAUAUGGAAGAUUGGAGUCAAUGUUGAGGGCGGAGUGUUUACUAAAUGCGGAACAAUGAGAGCUUUGGAUCUCGUUUUCAAGGCCGAACAAGGGAAGAUGAUGAGAGAAAACAUUGGUAUCCUUAAAAAGAAAGCUAAAGAGGCUGUUGCAACAGAUGGGAGCUCUACUAAGAAUUUCAAAACUUUGUUGGAGGUAGUUUCAAGCUAGCUGUGAGAAUGCUUGACUUCUAGAUUACAUGUACUUGCAUUUCAUUUGAGUUCUUAAAUGAAUUUUGAAGCUCUAGCACUAGAGUUUAUUAUGGAAGGUCAACAAAAAUAUACAAUUUUACCAA